AGCUGAUUCCUUACCCCUCCACCAACCAAAUUUUAACCAAUGCCUAACAGCAACCUUACAAGCUAUGACGAUUUGCUAGACAGUAGGCAAAAACCCAAUGGCAUCAGAUAAAUGGGCAAAAUUCCUACCCUGCCCCAAGGCAGGCAACCCGUGACAGGCAUAGCAAGGUCAGACGCAAAACCCCGAAAAGAGGGAGGGCAGGUGAGACAUCCCUUGCAGACAGCAAAAGUAAAAGACAGACUCGCGAUGUGUGCCUGGAGUUUUAAAGGCUAUGGCUGUCAAUCAACAACUCGCAACAUCAGUAUUAGCCCUGCAACAGGAAGGGUCCAAUCACAACAGUGGCCAUCCAAACUAACCCGCCCAGCAACAGGGCUUGUCUUGUUAGCCCCUCCGCAACACGUGCUCUCCAUGAUGGAGAACCCGCUUUCCCCCUCUGUACCCUUAAGCCACUUGCCUCCCGCCCCGCCUUCCGUUCACUUCGGGCUUGUUUUGUUUUCUCGACAAAACUUCCUCCUUCCCCGUCCCUGGCUCACUAUUGUUCUCCUUCCUGCUUAUCUCUCUUGCCCGUUAAUUUUCGCCUGGCUCCACCCCACCCCCCCUUUCAGCGAACUUUUCCUUCUAAGCUUUUCCCUCGUACCUCCCCUUGGCGCAGUCCAGCCAGCUGAUUCUGCUUUUGCUUUUGCUUUUGCUUAACAUUCAGCCUCUCGAAGUGCCUCGGUGAAUUUGAAAGCUUGCGAAGUGGCACAAUGAUGCAUUCCAGGCAUUGAGGAGGAGGCCUUGAUCUGCUGGUUGCUGUGUACUGGUUAGAACUAGUUGUGUCUUAUAAAAGGUGGCCAGGAUGAAAAUACAACAGAAAUGCUCGAAAGACAUCGCUAAGCCCAGCACUAGUCUGCAGUGGCCAAGGUUUGGCCCAUGGCUUUUCUACCUGAAUAAUCUCUUCUUGGCAAUUGGCUAUGUAGCUCUGCUGCUUUAUGCCCUCAUCUGGAAAGCUGGGGAUAUUGUGGACUCUCCCACCAAAAAAAUUGGCUUCUACAACUUCUGCUUGUGGGACCAGGAAGCAGAAAAACUGGAAUGCUUCAAGAACUUGGAGGAGGUGGGCAUCAACAACGUUGCACUGGUGUUGUCAAGGGUCUGUGUGUAUUCUACGCCAGUCUUGUGCCUCUUUGUUGCCACUGUUGUUUUGCAAGCCCUGUGCUUGAAAGACAGAGAUGGAUUCAAACUGGCCUGCAUCCUUUUGGCCAUUAGCAGCUUGGUGUUGCCCGUUGGUCUCGCUUUGUUCAUCUUCCACACUGAGCCAUGGAUAAGGGUCUCUGAAUUUGGAGAGGUUUUUGUAGCCCUAGCUGGGGCUCACAUUUUGAUGCUACUCCACUUGAUCUUUAUUGUCCUGUUCCUUGCACAUCGCAAGGAUGUUCUACCCAAAGGACAAAUCUUUCCUGUGUAAAUAUGUGAAGUUCCUGCCUGGGGGUACCAAAUGCUGUAGUGGAUUUAAAAGAUAAGUGGAUCCAGUGACCCUGAUGCCUUUCCAGCCCUCACAUGAAUGAUGAGCAUGUUGGGGGGAAGCGUUGGCACUCCCAGCACACAGAUAUUUCUCUCUUUAUCUUAUUAAGUGCCGGGGGAGGGAGGGAGAGAUUGCAUGAUUGGUGCCUUCUUCAAUCAAGCACUCAUUUAGGUGUGAUCAAUACAUGGCUCUUUAAAAGUCAGCAGUAGCUAACUGCUGCUUGGCAGUAUUGAAAUUUUGCUGGGCAUCCAAACUGUUUAGAAAAAAAAUUACCAAUAGAAGAUAAACUUAGUAGUACAGGUAUCUCUCAAGUCAUUUUUUUGACUUACAAGCCUAGUCAUUAUUUGUGGUCAUCAAUUGCCCCAUCCUCUGGCAUAUGCAAAACAGUUUUCUCAUCUGUGCUGAGGUUUAGAGAAAGUACAGCAUGAGUCACUCACUGCUUUGAAGAGACUUAUCCUCCUGCUGCUUUUCUCCAAACUCGUAAUGAGAGCAAAAACUUGAGGGGGGAGUGGUCCUCAUCAGAGCAAGAGGCACCUUCAUCCCUGCUGAGACUACCACUGUAGCAUGCUGUUCUACCACUACCAUGCUAAUGUUGCACAAGUUUUGGGUUUUGUUUUUUUUCAAAAAAGUGAUAUACAGUGUUCUUUUACAACUUUUGUAUUGAUCAAAGGCGCUGAAAGUUGGACGUGGUUGUGUAUUUUCUAGCUUUCAACCAAAGACAGGUUCAAUGAACAGGAGCCAGAAUUACUUCACUUCCCUGUGUACAGAUGGCUGCUAAUAUUCCAUUUAUUCAUGCCAUCAAUCAAACGUAACAGUGCACAGGGCUGCUGCUUUUAUGCUUGGGGUGGGGACCUUGCAGCCCUCCUGAUGCUGUUGGGACUGCCAGCUCCCACCAGUCCUAGGAGGGACUAUGGGAAUCUUACUCCAGGGUCACAGCCCCCCCCCCCAUCUCUGCCAUGUGCAAGAUUCCUGGUUUCCUUUGUAUUUAGUUUGCAAAAUAAUUCGUUUAUAUGGUUUGAACACACGUUGCAGACACCUAGCUGCUGCUGCUGCUAUUAUGAGAAUACUGAUAGUGACUGAUAAAAGUGGGGAGCAUUCUCUAAAUUAUAUAUAUGCUGAUGCGUAGCCAUAUUGCUAUGUGAUGCUGGGAGGUUUUUCUUUUCCUUCAGUUCCUAUUAAGUGUAAACAAAGCAUUUGGGAAACUUAACAUACAAUUGUAGCCAAAGAACAGUUUUUCAAGUGUGUUGUGGCCAAACCCAAGUUUUGUUACUUAUACAAGAGAUAUUGAAAUUAAAGUUUUGUUAAACACUA